GGUUCGAAAAAUUGCACAUAAAAUAUAAGUCGAUUGUGCAGCCCUUAUCAGUCUGGUAAAGUGCGUGGUCGUCGCACCGCCUGUCAGAGGUGCACGCCGCACACGUAUGAUCUGCAUAUAGCUGACGUGAACUGGCGCCGUUAUGAUCUGGUGGCACUGCAGCAUGGAAGAAUAGACGCGGUGACGAUCCUCGUCCGCGUGGCUUCUUGGUGGGGCAAAGUCGUAGAGCUGUCACGCCUGGACAUAUUGUAUUUCAAUUUUUUAGAAUUGGUGUGAAAUUAUCGAUAUUAGGUACGACGAAUAGAUGUACAGUUACGUAUGAGCGAUACACUGGGCGCACCGUAGCUUCUUCUCUCAAGAAUGCCCAACGAUAUUUUACACUAGCAAAAUUAAGGACGAAUCUCUGUUUUGUUGAUCAUGUCCAUCAUAAUUCGUUUUCAACUUGUUUUACUUUUAACCUAUUUUGUGGUAUCGUUGAAACUGGAGGAUAAGAGUUACAAUGAUUUAGCGAAAAGUCAUGGAUUAUAUGGGAGUGACACCAAAAUCAUUGUUCUUAAUGUCACAAAUUUUAAGAAAUCAGUGUAUGGAACAUCGAAUGCAUGGUUGGUUGAAUUCUACAAUAGUUGGUGUGGUGCUUGCCAAAGAUUUGCACCUAUGUGGAGCAAUUUGGCAGCUGAUGUUCAUGAUUGGAGAGAUGUUAUUAAAAUAGCUGCUUUGGAUUGUGCUGAUGAUGAUAAUAAUCCCUUUUGCCGGGAAUAUGAAAUCAUGCACUACCCAUCUUUGAGAUUCUUUUCAGCAAACUCCAAAGUGGGUAUUCUGGGAACUGAAGUAGAAAAGGGAAAAACGGAAGAAGACAUACGUCACAAUUUGGUUCAUUUCUUGAAAAAAGAGCAACUGGAGGGAAGAGGAAGCAAUUGGCCUAAUAUAAUUCCAUAUCGGAGUAAUGAUGUUCUAAAUCUGUGGAAAAAUGUUCCUGAAUCUACCCGAUUUGCCUUCCUUAUUUUUGAAGAGAAAGAGUCAUAUCUUGGUACAGAAGUUAUUUUAGAUCUUCAUAGCAUCAAGAACAUACAAAUUAGGAGGGUAAUAAAUGAAAAUGAAGCCCUCUGCAAAUUGAUGGGAGUUUUUACUUUUCCUAGCCUUGUGGUUUUGGAGAGGAGUCAAAAUGUGUUUCCACUGAAAGUAGAGGAAAAUUCUAGAGUGUUGUUUUGCAAACAAAUUAAAUCUUUCCUUCAAGAACAUAAAGUUUUGUUGCCUGAAAAUAUAGGCAAUCCUAUUGCUUACUCAUCUUCCACAAAAAGUAUUGUAUCUACAAAGCAAAGAGAACAUUUUGAAAAUGCUGUAGAACAGUUUGGUUUAGUUUUUCAAGUAGAUUUAGAAAAUACUAUACAGUAUUCACUGAAAAGUGAGAUUCCUGUGCGUAAAUUUAUAUCAGGUCACCCUCUUGAAGCAUUGAAGAAAUAUUUGUCUGUUUUGGUGAAGUAUUUCCCUACAUAUGCCAGGGGAAGAAUGUUCUUGGAAAAACUUAAAUUUAAAGUGCAAGAUUUGAGUACUUUGAAAGGGCAGAUAUUUCUGGAAAUAGUUGAGAGUUUAGAGGCAGAGAUGAAGCCUGUAUUUUCAAACUCUGAUGGGUGGUUGGGAUGCAAGGGGAGUGAAAAACGCUAUCGUGGUUAUCCUUGUGGGUUGUGGAUCACAUUUCACACGUUAACUACUAAUGCUGUUAUAGAGAAUGGAAAUGAUCCCAAUUUUAAUAGUCUGGAAGUACUGGAAGCAAUGUUGGGAUAUAUAACCCACUUUUUUGGUUGUCAAGAGUGCUCCCGACACUUUCAAGAGAUGGCCGAGAAAUCAAUGCGUCAGAAUGUGACCUCUCCAGAGCAGAGUGUCCUCUGGUUAUGGAGUGCACACAAUAUGGUGAACAAGAGGCUUGUGGCUGACCUAAGUGAAGAUCCACAGCAUCCAAAGGUGCAGUUCCCUACUGAAAAGGCCUGCCCUGCCUGCAGAGGUCCUGACGGAAGGUGGAUUACUGAACAGGUUCUUGCAUACCUCAAGCAGAUGUACAGCCGACACAGCAUUGUGCAUGUUGGAGUAAUGGAAAACCAGCGAGUUGAAAAUGUUGCCAAAGCUGAUACGUUACAUGUACAAGCAAAACUCGUUGGUACAGAUAUGAAUUAUAAGAUUGGAAUGAUAGACAAAAAGAGAUUGGGUUGGAACUUUAAUAUAUUUGACAUCAGUUUGUGUGUUGUUCUAUAUGCUGGAUCAGCUGUAAUUUUAAUUUUAGUCUUUAUUAAGUUCAUUGUGCGCAAACGAUACCGGAAAAAGGCUUACAUUCAUGAUCUCCUGGGAAAAGUUUAGAGAAUGGUGGAUUUUUGUGGACUUGUUUGCAAGAUGAAGAAAUUAUUUGUAAAUAAAACACACACAAUGUGUGAAAAGUUUAAAUAUGUACCUAUAUUUUAACAUGUCUGUAUGAGUUUAUUGGGCUACAAUCUUCAAUGUAUUAUGAACAUAAUGUGAGUGUCAUAUCACAAAGUGUGUAGAACGACUAUGCUCUAAAUGACAAAUAUUUGUUGAUUAUUUAAAUUGUGCCGUUCUGCUUUUUUUUGAUGAUUUUACCUUCUGAAUCUGUGACCCUAAAUGGCAAGAGAGGAAAGAAUUUUAGACAGUGGAGAAAAAAUGUGAAGACUUUCAUGGAUUUCAGUUACCUCACAUUUGGUAAACAAUUUGGUUUUCAUUUGGAAAUCAUUAGAUGGGCUUCCAUUUUUAUGCUUUCUGUGGAGCACUGUUGUCAUUCACAUCACACUUCCACUUUGGUAAUUGUUUCUGAUUUUUAAUUCCGUCAAAAUGGAUUCUUGUGCCUAAUUCAUAAUUAUGUGCAAGUUACACUCAGGACUAUAAGUUAUGCUCCAUUUUAAUUUGUAUUUUGGCAUCAAGUCUUGUAUUCACUAAGAUACAUUGCAAAUUUGUGAAAAUGGUCAGUGUACAGUUAUUAAAAAGUUGGUUUCAAAAUGAACAUUUUUAUGUUCGAUGUGUAAAUAAUAAUAAAGAGACCAGUGUUGUCUACAUAAAUACUAGUUUAUUAACUUGUUAGUACUAUUAGCCUAUACACCCUUGUUGACGCAAAGGUCCCCACUGACAUAUGAAAAAUAUGAUGGUGAAAGAUAGGGCACACUCCUCCUCAAAACUUCACUUUGGGUGGUGGAGAUGAUGGUGGGAAGGGAAGGUUAUGAUCAGUCCGUGCCCUUUUGUGUAGGGUGCUGCUUGAGUGUAGGCAAUGAAGAAAUUAGAACCCUCGGCCUACUGAUUCUAUUAAGGAGGCUUCACAAACUUGCUGAUGUUAAACAUAUCAAGCUAUUUUUGACUUUGUGAUGGGAUAAAAAGCUCAACCUCAAAUCACUGCUUUCCUCAAUUGUAAGAUGCUGCCUUUACAUUUACCUCUACAGAUGUUAAUUUUAUUAACUUAUGCAUUGUUAAAUCACGUAGCAAUCAUUAUCAAAGGUAGCUUAUGUCACCAGGCAGAAUACUGUUUUGUUCAGAAAGAAUUGAAAAUUGAGCCAGUAACUGCCAGCUUGCUCUGCAGAUCGCUAUAUACAAAGUGCGUAAGUUAAUAAACUAAUAGAUACCUAGACAACCCGGGUGCCUUUAUUAAUUAUAUCAAUGAUAUCAUCAUCUCCAACAUCUUCAGUAGAAAUUUUCUGUACUUCUCUAAUUUUUUUCAAACAAGUUUUUGAAAUUAACUUUGAAGGGAACAAUAGUGUGCAACAGAAAGCCUUAACUUUUGUUUUUUUUGGAGUUUCUUUGUUCAUGUGUGCUAUUAUCAGUGUUUUUAGCUGAUGUCUACAAGACUUGUAUCUUCAUAAACCUUAUAUUACUAAUUUUGAUUAUAUACAUAUACUGAAUGCGUGUCAACGCUUUUGCUAGAUACCAAGGAACUCAGGAUGUAAAAUAUAAAAGCAAUGAGCAAGUUUCAAUUUUAACUGAAAAAUGCAAAUAUUUGAUUUUGUUAAUCUGCAAUUUCUCUACCUACACACAAUUGACAUACAUUUUGUUUCUACGUUUCUGUCUGAAUAUUAACAACUUGUUUCUUUAAAAUUUUAGCUUGGUGAUGAAAAAGAUGUAUACUUUCAUUUAAAGAAGCGAAGUUGUUUCAAUUUCUCAAAAAUUAGAAAUGUUUCAAACUAGAAAAUGAAAUAUGUUAUUUCUCUGAUCAUCUACAAUAACUUGGCUCAAACUGCAUCUCGAUACCUCAAAUUAUUUCAAAAAUAUUUGAUGGGGCCAACAUAGGCAGUCCACCCUGUAUAAAAUGGUAUUUUUAUUAUGUUUAUUAUUGAGUUACGUGUCUUCAGAAUCUUUCUCUCUUUCCAGUAAUUUCCAUAUAUGUUUUCAUUGAUUUGAAUGCAAUCCUAUUGGCUUGGAAUGUAAGGCCGAGGGCAGCAAAAUUUGCUACUGCAGGUCUCUAAUAACUGAAUAUUUCCAAAUUAUAAUUGGAAAGAUUUUUCUUUACUGGUAACUUUUGUGAUUUAGGCUUUGUUAGGCAAUUAUCAAAUGAAAAACUAAUUAUUGAAAUGGAAUGUUCUGAAAAUAAUUCAGUUAAAUUUUGUACUAUAAAAUUGAAAUUUGAAUUUUAUUAUGUCCAUAUCAAUUCUUAUUUGUACAGAAAUGAAUGCAACAAGUGGUUAAUUGCUCCGGAGGUUCUUGAUUGCUUUGAAACACGCAUUUGGUUCUUCCUGCAUUUCUUUGGAAUUUUAAUUGAAGAAUUCAGCCUCGUUUUCCUUGUGUACUUAACGGGAGGAGUUAUUUCAAUAAUUUUGCCAGAAAUGAAGUGUACUGACACUGCAUGUUCUACUGCCUUGGAAUAUUUGUGUCAGCUGAUUGGGUUUGUGAGCUAUUCAGUGAGUAACAUGGCCAGUCAGCUCUUGUUUGUUGGUGAGGGAGGAGAGGGCCUGCAGAGCUUGACAAAUUCACAAAUCCUUUACUUGACUCAUCUGCUUUCCCAGACCCCUUAUUUUCUUAUCAGUGAUUUGUUUAUUCAGCACGGAAGUUACAUUUUGAAUCACAGGCUCCAUAUAGGAAUGUGGAAUAUGCAGUAGUAAUGGGAUUGUGAAUUAUUAAGAAUUUUAAACUGACUUUUUCAAGAAAGUUUUAGCCUUAGCCGUAAACUUUUGCGCAUGAUGAGUAAAAAGUAGAAUGACAUUUCUUUACGUUGCAAUAAUAUUAUUUAUUUUUCAUGAAAACUCUACAUGACUGAUGUUAAGAAUUUAUUUAUUUCAAUUAAUUAUCUUAUUAUAAGUGGCUAAUAAAACCAAUAUAUGAUCUCUAUCCACUCUCUUUGUUGUGCAGAGAGAUUUUUUAAAGGUUCUAGUUAUACACAAUCUAUUUGUUCUUAAAUAGUUUAUUUCACUGUGAAGGCUCAUUCUGUUGUAUAUUUUGUUAAUUGUUUAAUUUCUAAAGAGAAAAAAAAUAUAUUUAUGUUAAUGUUAUUUCUGACUGUUCAAAGAGCAUUUAGGUAUAUCAUAAGUGCAGUGUUUGUUGCUUUGAAUUAGUCAGUAAUAAUAAUUUUUCUUUUUCUUUACAAUUUAGAAUUUUUUGAAUACAUGUUUAUAUUGUUAUUUUAUUAUCCUUCUGCCUUUUUUUCUCACUUUCUUCCUUAAAAUGUCGAUGACUAAGUGCAUAAUAUUUCGUAUGUUAAUUGUUUAAUAGUCUUGUUAAUUUAAUAAAGGACAAAUUAAAAAAAAUAUGCGAUUGACUGUGCUAAUUGAUUUUAUUAGAAGAUCAGGUGUUUCUAAACUUCAGAGUUUUGCCAUAUUAUUUCAGGGGAUCUUUUAAUUGCAGUGGAUAAAAUAUUACAGUAUUUAUUCUAAGUCUGAAUUGAUUUUUGCAUCAAAUAUUGGUAAGAAUUUUCAUAUUUCUUAUUAGUUAUAAUGUUAAAUAUUUCAGUUUGUUGAUUUUUGUUAAAUGUUUAUUAUAAUUUUAUCUUUACUUUUAUUUAUUUUUUUAUUACUGAAAAUGUUCAGAUUUGUUUUACCUUGCACUUGGCAUUAAUGCAUUCACCUCUUCAAUACUUGGAGCAUUAGGAUACCUUUUAAAAUGAACAUAUAAUUGCAUUUGAUUUCAGAAGUAAUAUGAAAGGUUAAUGAAUUGCUAUUGAAUAGGAGUUCAUCCAAGUUGCUUACCUCAACAUUGUUUGUUAAGUUAAAGAAAAUAGUGGAGAGCUCAGGGAUUUUUAAGUUGGAAGGAUUUACUUUCCUUUAGAUCAGCAAUUUUUGUUGUUGCUAUUUGUCUUGCCACAUUAAUUGAAUUUCAAUACUUCAAAUUAAAGUUCUGAUUAGGCUGUAUGACAAAUUUUACUGGUAAUCAUAAAGAAUAAUUUACAUAAAAAAAAUAACAAGUGUAAGGUGUGGAAUGAAUUAUUCUUACCUUUUUCUUCCAAACUUUUUAUUUUUUACUAAUUAUUAUGGAUAUGGUACUUCACAUCAGAAACGCAACUUCUCACCAAUCGCUGUAUGUGUGUGUGUGUGUCAGUGAAAAUAGAUACCAGUACCUAAUUUUGUUGGAUUUUAUUGUUAUAUAUAACUGUAAAUAAUUGUGACAGCUGGAUUUUCUUGAAGUACAGAAUGUAUUUGUAAUGUGAGAAUUUUUUGUGCUGGCUGCUGAAGUGAUAACCAGUAUUAUCUUUCUGGUAGUCUAUAGUUAAUGCGCAAUAUUUUAAUUGUUUUGUAUGUAUUCUUGAUAAGUUGGAUUUACAUACUAUAUGACACUGGAAAUUGGAAUAAAAAUCUUCACUGAGGACUGAUUAAUUAAAAACAAGUGUACCAAUUUUAGUAAUUGAUUUUUCUUUCUGUUUUUACCUCCAUACCUUGCAUUUCCCUUUGUUACUUUUAUGUCAACUGUUGAGAAUACCUGGACA